GGUUGUAGUGGGAGGGGAGUUAGCGCCAACAAACUGCGACCUUUUCUCAGCGCUCAUUUCACAUUGCGCUCGGACAACAGGGAGCUUGUGAGGAGAUGCUGCCAGCUGCGGCAUCUUACUAAUACCAAGAGACACGGUGCCAUCCUCCAGCCCCGGCACAGAGCAUGGCAAGGACCACGAGCUGGAGGCUGCUGGCGCUGCUCUUCCUUCUACAGGAGCUCCUCAGCUGCUGCCAGGCUGCGGCAUGUAAUGGGUGUGGAACUAGCAAAUGUGACUGUAGCGGAGUGAAAGGAAAUAAGGGUGAACGAGGAUUACCUGGUCUGCCUGGCAUUAUUGGGUUUCCUGGGCUUCAAGGACCAGAGGGACCCCCUGGACCAUUGGGGCAGAAAGGUGACACAGGAGAACCAGGACUUCCAGGCACAAAAGGAAACAGAGGGCCCCCUGGAUCUGCUGGAUUUCCAGGAAACCCUGGUCUCCCUGGCAUACCUGGUCAAGAUGGCCCUCCAGGCCCAUCUGGCAUUCCAGGCUGCAAUGGUACAAAGGGUGAAAGAGGACCACUGGGUCCACCUGGUCUUCCAGGGUUAUUAGGUUAUCCAGGUCCUCCAGGUUUUCCAGGAAUUAAGGGAGAUCCCGGAGAGGUCUUCGGUAUGCAAGGAUUAAUGAUAAAAGGAGAUAAAGGUUUACCUGGAAUAAUUGGUUUACCAGGUACACCUGGGUUGCCUGGUUUAGAAGGCCCAGUAGGUCCUCCCGGUCUAACAGGACGUACUGGACCACCUGGUCCACCUGGUCCUCCGGGACCAAAGGGCUCAAUGGGGCUAAGCUCCAAUGGACCACAGGGUGAAAAGGGUGAACCAGGACCACCUGGGCCUCCGGGUCAACAAGGCCCAGCAUCUCAUGGAAAAGGUGCAGUUUGGUACCGAGAUAAGGGAGAAAAAGGCAUGCAAGGUGAAAAAGGUGACCAAGGUAAUACGGGUGAACCUGGAUCCAGUAUUAAAGGUGAAAAAGGAGAACCUGGAAAACCAGGUCCCAGAGGUAAACCUGGAAAAGAUGGUGAAAGGGGAGAAAACGGACAGGAGGGUAUACCUGGUAGACAAGGAUUUGAUGGAAUUCGAGGACAGGAUGGACAGAAAGGUGAUAAAGGUGACGGUGGACCACCAGGACCUCCAGGAAUAGUAAUACAAGAUGGCCAACAAACCGUUACUGGAGAAAAAGGAGAUACCGGGCUCCCUGGUUAUCCUGGUAGCAAAGGAGAGAAAGGUGCCAAAGGUGCCACUGGAUUCCAAGGAAACCCUGGACAACCAGGUCUGUCAGUGAAUGGACCACCUGGGGCACCUGGAUUAACAGGGGAAAGUGGUGAAAAGGGUGAACCUGGAUUUCCUGGAACAUCCUUACCUGGACAGAAAGGCAGAGAGGGGUUGCGCGGACCUCCUGGUUUCCCAGGCCCACCAGGUCCAAUAGACCCCACACAGGAAUGCAUUCCAGGACAGUCUGGUGAAUCUGGGGCCAAUGGAGAUCCAGGUCAACAAGGCUUCCCUGGGGAAAGAGGUCAAAAAGGUGACAAAGGAGAUGCCUGCCCUACAUGUGACACUGUCCCAUCAGCACUACCCGGGCCACCAGGGCCUCAAGGUCCUCCUGGGACACCAGGUGUUCCUGGACUAGCAGGAAACAAGGGAGACAGGGGAGAACCAGGCUAUGAUGGGCCACCCGGAGCACCUGGACCACACGGUGUUCCUGGCCUUAUGGGGAGACCUGGAGCAAAAGGAUCACCUGGUGAAGUUUAUUUUGAACCACAAUUGAAAGGGGAUAAAGGAGACCCUGGUUUCCCUGGACUGCAAGGUACAACUGGAAGAGAGGGAAGACCUGGAAGAGAUGGUCAGCCAGGACAGCCGGGUCCCAAAGGAGUUUCGGCAGCAGUUGGUGCCAAAGGUGAGCGUGGACCACCUGGAGACAGUGGAUCCCCUGGGAUACCUGGACAGAAAGGUUUGCAAGGUCAUCCAGCAUCAGGUCCACCAGGGCAACCUGGAGAAAGAGGAGAACCUGGAGGACCAGGAUUUUCAGGAUCACCUGGCAACCCAGGAAGUAAGGGGGAACCUGGAAAACUAACUGUUGUAGCUGGACCACCAGGACCAAUAGGAAGUGCAGGUUUUCCUGGAUUGCCUGGAGAACAAGGUGACAAGGGUGCUCCUGGAUUUUCAGGAAGACCUGGAAUUCCUGGAGAAAAGGGCGAGCCUGGUGUUGAAGGAAAAGGACUUCCUGGGCCUCCUGGUGAAAAAGGUCAUCAAGGUAUAGAGGGUGCACGAGGAGUGGAUGGUAUCCCUGGUCAGGCAGGCCGGGAGGGUUUACGCGGUGAACCAGGCACACCAGGGGCAAAAGGUGAGCCAGGUCUGGGCCUUCCAGGCCCAAAAGGAUUGAUUGGACAUCCAGGUCCUCCUGGAGCCAUUGGAGAAAAAGGAAACACAGGGACAACAGGAGUCCCUGGAGAACAAGGCUUUCCAGGAGUUCCAGGGCAUUCUGGGGCUAAAGGUGACACUGGACCAGCUGGAGCACCUGGCUUGAGAGGUAACCCUGGUGUACCAGGAUUCGGCCCACAAGGGGAACCCGGGCCUCAAGGACUUCCAGGAUCUCCAGGAGUUCCAGGCCCAAUAGGAGCAAAGGGAAGCCAAGGCUAUCCAGGUUUUCCUGGUGCUGACAUGCCAGGACCAAAGGGAGACAAAGGCACAUCAGGCAUGCCUGGCAUUAUGGGUAUGCCUGGGGAAUCCGGGAUUCAAGGUCUACCAGGAAAAGAUGGAUCUCCAGGUCUUCAAGGACAAAAAGGAGAUAUGGGUUUUAUGGGAGUUCCAGGAAUUCAAGGCCAACCCGGUUCACCAGGAAAUCCAGGCCUACCAGGAGAAAAGGGUGACCCUGGUCCUCCUGGGUUCCGUGGCCAGUCAGGAACUGAAGGUUCAAAAGGUGAUAAGGGUGAAAGAGGUUUGCAAGGAGACCCAGGAACACUUCCGCCCAUGGAACACAUGAAGGGUGAAAAAGGAGAACAGGGCGCGAGAGGACAAACUGGAAUUCAAGGAGAAAAAGGAACACAUGGUGAUUUGGGAUCCACUGGAAUGCCUGGAAAAGAUGGGGAGCAGGGAAUGCCGGGAAAGCCAGGAUCAAAAGGAGAUAAAGGUAUUCAAGGAUUACCAGGAGGUCCAGGGUUUCCGGGACAAAAAGGGUCCAUGGGAGAAAUGGGUGUGCCAGGGCCCAGUGGACCAAAGGGUGAACAUGGUAUACAGGGAAAUCCUGGUCUUCCUGGCGUUACUGGAAUCAAAGGCGAAAAAGGAUUUAAAGGUGAAGAAGGUGUUCCGGGCAUUGGGAUACCAGGACCUCCAGGCAUAAAGGGUGAUGCUGGAACUGAUGGUCUUCAAGGAUUACCAGGCGAAACGGGAGACAAAGGUGACAUUGGUGUCCCUGGAAUGCCUGGGUUACAAGGAGAAAAAGGAUUACCAGGCCUUGCUGGGUUCCCAGGUAGCCCGGGUAUACCUGGAGAAAAAGGAACAAAGGGCUUCCCUGGGCGGGAUGGUGUUCCUGGAUCAAAAGGACAACCAGGUGAACAUGGAAUUCAGGGCCCCCCUGGCUCAAUUGGAGAAAAGGGAGAACCUGGCUAUGAUGGGGUCCCGGGAACACCUGGUGAGAAGGGUGAAACAGGUUUACCUGGGAGAGCUAUUCCUGGAUAUCCUGGUGAACGUGGUGAGAAAGGUGGUAAAGGUGAUGCUGGAUUAUCAGGCUCACCUGGAGUCCCUGGCUUCCCUGGCAUUAAAGGAGAUCAAGGAAUUCCUGGAAACCAAGGCAUACAAGGGCCACCUGGUACUCCUGGACUUCCUGGAAUUGCAAUGGAAGGACCAAAAGGUGACAGGGGGCAGCCUGGUCCCCAAGGAUUUCCUGGUGACCCUGGACCUGCGGGUAGCCCUGGUUUCCCAGGACAAGAUGGAGCCAAAGGAGAGAGAGGUGACAGAGGCUGGCCUGGAGCUCCUGGUUUUCAGGGAGUGAAAGGUGACCCUGGAUUUCAGGGUCUUCCUGGAGAUGCAGGGUUUCCAGGUCAAACAGGACACAAAGGGGAAAGAGGUCCUCCAGGAGUGUCAGGAUUUCCAGGAUUGAAAGGUACAGAAGGUCCCAUGGGAGAGAAAGGACAAGGGGGAGACAGAGGAGAAUCUGGUCCAAAAGGAUCACAAGGCCUUCCAGGGCCUGCAGGUCAAUUUCAGAUAUUCAAAGGAGACACUGGCCCUCCUGGACUACCAGGUCCCUCUGGUCCAAAAGGUUUUCCUGGUUUCCCAGGUCCUAAAGGAGAGCAAGGCCCAGUUGGUGCAGUUGGCUUGCCUGGACCAAGUGGGGUGGCAGGAAUAAAUGGUAUCCCAGGGCAGAAAGGAGAAUUGGGUCCCAUUGGCCCAACUGGUCCAAGAGGCUAUCAAGGUCCACCCGGUCAAGAUGGCUUGCCUGGCCCAAUGGGCUUACCUGGUCAAGCUUCCAUGGCUCAUGGCUUCCUUAUAACAAGACACAGCCAAACAAUUGAAGUUCCCCAGUGCCCAUUUGGGACAGUUCCAGUCUAUGAUGGCUACUCUCUGCUCUAUGUACAAGGGAAUGAAAGGGCCCAUGGACAAGAUCUUGGUGCUGCAGGAAGCUGUCUUCGUAAAUUCAGCACAAUGCCUUUUCUAUUCUGCAAUAUAAAUAAUGUAUGCAACUUUGCAUCAAGGAAUGAUUAUUCUUACUGGUUGUCCACUCCUGAACCAAUGCCAAUGAGCAUGGCUCCUGUAACUGGGGAGAAUAUCCAGCCUUUUAUCAGCAGGUGCAGUGUUUGUGAGGCCCCUGCUAUGAUAAUGGCAGUUCAUAGUCAAACAAUUCAGAUACCCUCUUGUCCAAAUGGAUGGAUUUCGUUGUGGAUCGGAUAUUCAUUUGUAAUGCAAACCAGUGCUGGUGCAGAAGGCUCAGGCCAAGCAUUAGCAUCACCAGGGUCUUGUUUAGAAGAAUUCCGCAGUGUGCCUUUCAUUGAGUGCCAUGGACGAGGGACCUGCAACUACUAUGCCAAUACUUACAGCUUUUGGCUUGCUACAAUAGAGAGGAGUGAAAUGUUCAAGAAGCCUACUCCAUCAACUCUCAAAGCUGGAGAUCUCCGUACACAUGUCAGCCGCUGUCAAGUAUGCAUGAGACAGACUUAAAAGACCAAAGUUUUACACCAAUGGUGCUAUUUUUGUUAUACAAGAAGCCAAAUACUAUAUAAUGUACCUCACUAUUGUACAAGAAAAAGAGUAAAGUGCGUUAUAGGAAUUUACAUAACUAACUUUGUUCUAAAUGGUUCUUGUCCAAUCGAAAGGAAAGAUAGCCAAGACUAGGUCCUUUUAUUACAUACAAGAUGGCACUUUGAAAUUACAUAAUGUUUAUAACGCACUGAUACUUUCCAGCAACAGAAGCUGAUUCCUUAAUUCAUAAGGUGCUAGGAGAUAUACAGUGCCUUAUGCUGUUGACUCCUCUUAUUUUUGUACUAUAUUUUAGGUUUUGUUUAAGAAAUAUAAAUAUUUGUUAAAAUCCUUGUAUGUUUUUGAUAAGUAUAUACAUUUUCAUUUUCUGUACAAAGAAAAUCUUAGGCAUGUUGUAACACAACAUAAGAUCUGUUUUCUGACCUUUUGGAUAUUAUGUAAAUGAAUGCAAAAUUCUCUGAUGUCCCAAGUUGCAUUAGUUAUUGUACAGCCGCUAAAAAGAACACAAGACAUUUUUUUCUAAGGAAGGUUGAGAAAGACUUGAGCUUGAUGGCAUACAUGGAGCUAAGUGUCUGAAAUACAGUGGUAUCAAUGUUGCAUUUUUGUUUCACCAUAUCAUUCAGUAUAGUGUCUGGAAUAUUAAAACAUUAUCAUUCUUUUACACAGCAGAACAGAUGCUCAAUAAAAUAAUUACAUAUAAUAAAAUACAAUUUCCAGCACUAAAUUUAUAGUUUAGUAAUUUAUAUUAGCAAAAUAGUAUAUACUAAUUUUGUUAAUUGAUAUGUACAUUUUUUUUUAUAAAUAUAUAUAUAUAAUGUAUAAUGUAACACUUAUGAAACCGGCUUCCUGAUGUAUUAUGUGUGUUUACAAAUUGAUUCUACCACUUGGAUUUGUAGGAAUAACAAUACCAUGAAAUAUGUUUGCAUUUGGGUGUUUAUUUUGAUGAUGGAGAGGCUAACAGUAACUGGGCUUAUAUAUGUAGAUUCCAUGCAUGUUUGGUAUGGGGUCACUAUUCAAAGGCACACUAUAUGGACAAAAGUAUUGGGACACCUACACAUUACACGAACAGGAAAUCUUUAUGACAUCCUAUUCUAAUAUGUAAUUACUCUCCACUCUUCUCGGAAAUCCUUCAACAAGAUUUUGGUUUAUGUCUGUGGGAUUUUUGCCCAUUCAUCCAGAAAAACAUAUAUGAGGUCAGACACUGAUGUUGAAUGAGAAGGCAUGGCUCACAAUCUCCUUUCAAAGUUCAAAGGUGUUUGGUGGAGUUGAGGUCAAGGCCCUAGGUGGGCCAGUUAAUUUCUUCUAUACUAGGGAUGCUCAACCUGCGGUCCACCAGCUGUUGUAAAACUACAACUCCUAUCUUGCCUUCCUGUAGGCUGAUCCGGACAUGCUGGGAGUUGUAGUUUUGCAACAGCUGGAGGGCCACAGGUUGAGCAUUCCUGUUCUAUACCAUACUCAUCCAACCAUGCUUUUAUGAACCCUGCUUUGUGCACUGGGACACAGUCAUGGUAGAACAGAAAAGGGCCUUCCCCAAAUUGAUCUCACCAAGUUGGAAACAUGCACUUGUCCAAAAUGUCUUGGAAUGCUGAAACAUUAAGGUUCACUGGAACUAAGGGUCAUAGUCCAGUCAGACAGAUACCAUUCUUCUGGCGUUCUCCGAACCCUGACUUAUCUAUCAAACUGCCAGAUAUAGAAGCAUGUUUCAUCACUCCACAGAGCAUGUUUCCACUGCUCCAGAAUCCAUAGUCAUUUGCGUCAUUGCAACCAAUUGUUCUCAUUGUGUUUGGUAACGUAAGGCUUGCACACAGCUGCUCAGCCAUGGAAACCUAUGCCAUGAAGCUCACGGCACACAGAUCUGUGCUUAUGUUAAUGCCAGGGCAGCUUUGAGUCAGGAAAGCUUUGGCGACUUUUAUGCAUUAUGUGCCUCACAACUCGGCCACCCUGCCCUGUAACUUUACAUGGUCUGGCACUUUGUGACUGAGUUUCUGUGGUUCUAAAUGUUUCCACUUUGCAGUAGUACCAUUCACAGUUGAUUGUAGAAUACCUAGAAGAAAAGAAACUUCACAAACUAACUUGUUGCAGUGGUGACAUCCUAUUACAGUACCAUGCUUGAAUUAAGUGAGCUCUUUAGAGUGACCUAUUCUUUCACAAGUUUUUGUAAGCCUCUGUAAAGGCAGACUGCAUAGCUAUGUGCUGGAUUUUUAUACAAAUGUGGCAAUGAGAUUGAAUGAUUGAUCAAAAUGUGUAUCCCAAUACUUUUGUCCAUAUAGUUUUUUUUGGGGAAUGAAACAUUUUUAAAGGGACAUUUGUUCUUAUUUUUUUCUCAUCCUAGCCUAAUAAAACAUUCCUAUUACUCAUAAUAAUCCUAAACCUCAUUGUUUAUACUCUACAAUUAGAGUUAUGCUGUAAUUCAAGCAGGACAUUUUCUGACAGAAGAAACGGAUAUUGGUCUGACAAGUUUGAUUAAUGGGAAAAAGCUGUGUAAGAAAACCAAUAACAUGUUCUAAAUGAAGUGGGUAAAUAUAAUAUCCAAUGUAGUUUAAUGUCACUAAUUCCACUUGAAGGGCAGUUUCCAUGUACAAGAAAUGAUCAGUAUUCACUAAUGCUACAGCCGUUUGGUUACACCCAAGUAAAAAUAAAGAGUUUCUGAAUGUUAACAAACUGUAUGGAAGUGCUUACCAUGUUUUAUGCAGUAUAGUGAGACAUGAUAUAAAUCUGAAAAUACAUCCACAUUUUGUUCAUUCAACAACAGCUAAAUAUACAGUUUACAUACAGUAAAUGUGAAAAACGUCAUUGUUGCAGUUCUUGAGCCAUGGUGUCUUUUUCUGCACCCCCUUUCCGUUACAGUAAAUAUUAGUAGAUGAGUUUUGCUUUCAACUGCACUAAUAUAAGAACUCUGGAUGGACAAUAAACAGAACCUGAUGCA